AUGCCCUCCAAAAGAAGCAAGUCCAAAAUAUCUUUCAAAUUAUUUUCAGCAAAUAAUUAUUCGCGGUUUGCGAGCAGAUUCCCAUUCUUGAAACAACGACAGAUCAAGACAAAACUUUUUCAGUCAUGGAGGAAGUUUAAGUUCAGUCCCGAAACCACGACGAACAAAGGAGGGAUCCAGAAACUAAAAUGUGUGAAUGAAAUUGUCGCUAAUGGAGGUGAGGUUGUUUAAAUUUUUGUCUUUCAAUGAGGUAAAAUAACGAGGAAGCUAGAUAUAAAAUUAACGAAGUUUUGAAUGCCCUCGUUCUAAAUUUGUUCACGAUUAUCAUAUUAAUUAGACAGUCCAUUGGGAGAAGCCAAACGUUACUUGUUUUUUAAUUAAUGACAGCUUAAAAACUUGGAAGAGUGGAAAGUCUUUCCGAUUUACUAUUUGUGAAGCAAGUUUUACAGUCCGUUGAGAGCAAAAAAAAGAUAGAAACAAAAAAUUGAUGGUUUGAUUUCCUUCACAGAUCAUGGUGAAUUAUUCUAGAGCAAAAACAGAAUAGUAAAUUGUCCUCUCAGAUUUUAAAACACUAUUCAACAAUGGAGAAAGAUUUUUGUCUCUCUAUUGCAUAAAUACGGCUGAAACCUGUGAAGGUUGCGGUUAGCUACAAUUUGAGAAACGUGAAAAAGUUUUUCAGCUGCCAUUAGAAAAAUACUACUAACUUUUGGUACGAACAAAAACAGCAGCAUUAGUCCUCUCCAAACCAAUUGAAAGACUGCUGACUGCUGAGGGAUAAAUGCAUGUUUUAUGUUAUAAAUGUCACGUUGGGAAUUAAAGAACUGUUGAUUUUAAGCCGAGAGUGGCCCGCCAAAGAAAGGAGAGGAAGAUGUCGCGGAGAAGAAACCUGAGCGUUCACCCAUUAAUAAAUAUUCAGUCAAACAGCGUUAUCUUCAAGAUGACUGUGCUAAAAGGAAAAGUAUCGGAACAACAAAUGAAGAGGAUGACAUAUCCCCACUGCGCAGAGCUUCUAGGAGUUUGAAAAUGACCGACAACACACUUCUCGCAAAACGAAAACAAAACGAGUUCAUCGAUCUAUUUGAGGAGAUAAACGCAGAAACGUUGUUGAUCGAACCAGUUGAUAUCAGCAAUAUCGAGCUCUUAUCGAGUGCUAGUGGCAGUUUUGAUCGCAAAGAGAGGCUAAAGAAGCUUACAGAAGAGGGGACAUCCGAAAAGGUACGCUGGGAGAGGGAAGUUACUGCCUCGUGACACGAGGCUUUGAAGGAAUCGUUGCGUGACAGCUUAAAUGUCGGCGGGAAAGCGCUGCGCCAAUCCUUUUCAUUACUGUUUCUGUUCUCUUCAGAAGUCCUCUUUUAAUUAAUAUCACCUGAUGCAGCCACUCCCCCCCUCCCUAAAAAUAAGCAAACAUUCAGGAGCAACCUUUUCCUACUGGACACUGACAGUGACUAUUCCCUCCGAGAAUGAGAACACAACCAAGAGCACGAAAGAUUUAGGAUAUUUUACAAUCACUAAUAUUUCACGUCCAAAACCAAGUUGAUGUUGAAAAGCACUGCCUCUCCGUUGGGCAAAAUGGUAAAUCAAUUCAGUUUGCUGUUGGGUAAUUACUCUGCCAAUGUCAUUUCCUAUGGUAAUGUUUUACCGUAGGAGGCCAUUUCAAACGUCACGUUUUUCGAUUCGAGUUAUCUAAGUCAAGUUAUCUCAUUUUUAGAGCAACAACACGGUUUCUGGAAUGUUCAAAUGGCGAGCCGACGGGAAAAAUAAGAAUAAAGUAAGAAAUGGGGAAGAAAAUAAACAUGAAUCAAGGUAAGAUCACUUUCCCGACUGCAAGUAGUAAAUCUCUAACCAUAAUUUGUCGUGCACGAGAUGCCAGCUCUACGAAAGCGUGUGUAUUUCAUGCGUGCUGCACCGCUAGCCGAGAAGAUAGCGGGAGCGAAAGACAAAGAUUAGGCACGGUAGUAAUUCAUGUCAGAUUACUUGUUUCGUCACGAUUUUUGACACAUCAUUUGAUCGACAAUCAGGAGUACAUCAAGUUAUACCUGUUAGAAGAUUAAAGCUUAAAGUUACAAAUAUUUGUGUGUAAAGGAUUUAGAUGGCUUGCGUUCGAAUCCUAAUGUUGAUUUUCUUUCAGGUUUUUAGAGAGUAGCGAAUGUGAAGGCGGCAGGAACUUCUUCAGCAUGUUUGAACGCGAGGACGAUAUCUUUCUUUAAGCAUGAAAUUUAUCCUGACUCAAAAGUUGACUUAAAGCUAACAGGUCUAUUUUGACGAUUCCAACCGAUUGAAUUUUACGCCUUGUAAUACAAACAUUUCAUCCACUAAUGUACUGCAACACUUUAAUUCUCUCGUUUGAUGUAAACCCUUUAUCUCUCAGAUGUGAUCGGCCUUCCGCAAACAAGUGAUGAGAAUACUCGAACGUAUUAGGAAGAUGUUAUCUUAAUCUACCACCAAACUCUCGAAACUAAAAUGCGUAGCAGCUAAAGGGAAGAAUCAAUAUUCAGAUCUUGAGGGUUACAGGGCUAAUGAAAUUCAGUGAAGUGGGAAAGGCAGCCUGAAUAACCUGUUAAUUAUGAUUUAUUAUAGAACCUGCUUUCAAUGUUUAUAUCAG